GAGCUGCGCGGGCGCAACAGCAGCGGUGGUCGACGGAGCGAGGUGUUCUCACGCAGGCGCAGUAUACGCAGAUACCGGGCCGCAUCCACACGUGCGACAACCACCUGGCUUUGUCGUCGUCGUCGACAUACACGUUGCACGUUGCAGUAACAUAGUGCUACAAGUGAACCUCGAGAGCCGGCAAGAUGCGCCCAAUGCUGGCGUUGAUACUCUUUUCUCUGUUAUCGCUGAGUUUGGCUGAAGAUACUACUACUGAAAGUUACAAUGAGCAGUUCAAUACGAUAGAGCCAAAACCAUCAGUACGUUUGGAUCCAUACAUCCGAAAAGCCUUACUUAAAGCUCUCAGUGAACUUGAAGAGUCCACUACAGGAACUGAACUUCUUGAUGGAACUACAGGCUUAGAUUCAGAUGCUUAUACUACAGGAGAAGAAGCUCCUGAAGCUCAAACAGAUAAAGAAGGGAUACAGAUUCAUUCCUUUAUAGUCAAUGGACAAUCCGCCUUCUCUAAUAAUUCCACCAGCGUACCCACCAUAGUUGACAACAAUAUAUCUAUAUUGAGCACUACGGCAGGUAAUGUUGAAAGUCAAGUUACAGCGACUUUACCAACAUCGGCUCCAUUUCCGGAAAUAUUUCAAACAAAAGAAGGUGACAACAAUUUAUUACAAACAAGAAGUAUAGCCAGUGCUUCUAAAUCGAACACUGAAAACAACAUCAAAAAGCCGACAAUUAAGCCUAUCAUUUCAACAACGACAACAACGACUACGACUACUACAACGACCACUACUCCGAAACCGACCCAUAAUGAAGAUGGAGAAAAUAUUGAAGAAGUCGAUAAACGCGACGUUCAAGUAUAUCAAGCGCCUUUAGUUGCAGCUUUUACGGUUCAUCAGGAUCCACAAGGUCUACCGAAAAAAGUAAUACCACUUUAUCAACAAACAUCUAGUCAAAACUUUAUGAGACCGCUACCUGUCACUAAUUUGGCAUCUGGAGUUUUACAUUCUCAACCUCUAGGUUCAAUAAUUCCAAGUGUAAAUUUGAAUCAAAUACCCCAAUCAGAUUACAUAAAUCAACAGUUAUUAUUACAAAGGCAACUCGAAGAAAAGCAAAGAAUUCUCGAGGAACAACUACGAUUCUUACAACAGCAACAAAGACAACAAGAAGAACUUUUAAGGAAACAACAAUUUCUUUUACAACAAAAGGAAGCACAGCGACAGCAAAUCCUUUUGAAUUCUCAGAAGUUCCAGGCACAGAGUUCUGUUAAUAAUUUUCAAGUCCAGAAAAAUAUUCCUCAGAACCAAUUUGUGAAUUCGCCAAUUAGAUCUAACGGUCAGGUAACUAUUCAACCCAGUGUACCAUUAGAAGCAAGUAGCACAGUUACAAACCAACAGUUACCAAAUCGUGAAGCUGUUGAUUUUCUCAUACAUCUACACAGUCAACAGCCUGAUCAGUUUCCAUUACAGGAAAACCAUUUGCCUCAAGGAAUCAGUAACUUUCUACAUCCCACCUCAGGUCAGAACUUUCACCAAGGAUUAAAUUUUAAUCAAGUUAGAGGUGUUAACGAUCAAUUUGGCCAGCAAAAACAAAAUCAUCGGGUAUUCAGACAAGAUAGUGGUGUCGGCAAUUUUGGUUUGAAUAAUCAAAACUAUAAUACGUUUAACACUUAUAAUCCAAUUCAUACAAAUCGUUUCUUUCCUAUAAACGGCCAUGUCCACUAUAACAACGCCGAUGCCGAAUUGAAACAAUUGCUCGUUCAAAAUGGUUUAAAUGGCAGAAACCAGGAAGAUUUAAACAUUGUAUCUAAAGUUUUGUCAUUGAAUCAUGGUGUGGCAGUAACUAACAAUAUCUCUAAUAGAUUACCCUUCGACAGUCGGAGGCAUGUAAGGCCGCUUAUUUAAUCAAGAAUAGUUUCAACAUUUUAAAAUGACUAAAUAAGGAUAAGGAAGAGAAAAUUUCAGUUCAAAAUUAUUGUAUUUACCGUUAAGGCAGCAUUAUAUCGAAAAGUUUACAAUUAAUUUGGCGUUAGAGUCAUGUUUGUUAUGAUUGUAAAUCUCAUACUUUUAAAACACAGCUUUGAACAAUUACAAAAUUUUCAUAUUAAGACAAAAUAACCAAAGAAACACAGAAACAUAAAGUAUUUUAAAAAUAACAGAACGCCGUGCCGUUGUACCAGUCUUCUACGCUGUUUUAUUAUAGUUUAAGUUAAUUAUUUAUUUUACGGGAUAAUAUGUUAUAUGAACUGCCAUAAGUAGUAUAGUUAAGAAAAUGAUGACAGUAAUGGUGCAGCUUUAUAUGUCUAUUUACGGAAAAUAUUGUCGUAAUGCAGAAUACCUGUUUUAUAACACGCAUUCUGUGUCACUGCACAUUUUAAGUACUGUUUUGAAACAUUUCAUAACCCCACAGGCCCACAGGUAUAAAAAGCUUAAAAAAUUUCUAUCAGAUCCUGUCCCUGAUCCUGAUUACCUAGAUCAUAGUAUUAUAUAUAUUCAGUUAGAUUAUAAUAGGCAUCUGCGUAAAUAAACAGAAUGACAUAAUACAUACUAUGUUGCAACCAAAUAUAAGUAAUGGUCGUGACAUUUAAAUAGAUAUACAUAAGUUAAGCUACAAUGAUUAAUAAAAAUAUGUAGUAGGUACCUAAUGAAUAAUUAAUGCAGUACACGAAUGCACUUUAUUAUUAUUGCAAAUUGUUUAUAUCUCCAGUAUAAUAAUAUUAAAUAAGUUUAAAAAGAAAAUUGUGUACUAAAACUUAAAUAAUCGUUGAGUACCUACCUACUCUUAAUUAUUAUAUGAGUUUAGCUUUAAGUAGGCCUAUACUUAUAUUAAGUUAUUUACAUUUAUUAUUUCUUUAGCCAAACCACAAUAAAAAAAAUAUAUCUCCCUACAAUUAGAUAUAAAUAUCUAAGUUGCGUUAUUUCUCUCGGCUAUCUUUAAUCCAAGUUAUUUCAAACAUUAAAAGGUCUUCCCAUCCCAUUAACAAGCAUUAUGGUAAAUUAUGAUCAUGUAGAUUAUGAUGCCAUCCACAUUAAAUACGUAGAAAGCAUUCUCAACAUAUUACCAUGAUAUUACAUAUUUGCUUACUUAAGUUUAAAUUUGUAUGUUGUAAUAAAAUGUUAAAUUUAAUUUCAAUAGUUUAAUUAAUAUAAUACAUGCAUGAGUAACUACACGGUAAAACAAUUUACCAACGUAUCACCAUGAGUAAAAUUGUUAUAAAUACAUAGAAGUCACAUGUAGGUAUAAAUAUUGAUAAUGAUCUUUGUAAAUAAACGUCUUUCACGAGUU